AUGGCUCCCAUUCCGGAGGAGGAUAUCAGCGUGUCACCACUUCCUUCAGCCGGGGAAGGACCUUCGGCUCUUGCAUUACGCACAGGUGAUGCUUCUUCUGAAGAAACCCCUCUGCAAAGGACAAAAAGAUCCGGGGAGGCACCUGCUGCCGGAGCCGGUCAAAGGACUGAGCCGGUCCCUGAGACUGAAGCCCCCAUGGAUGUUGAUCUGCUGCCCCACUACGAGACUGCUGCAACUUCGGAGUUACCUGCCUUUGCCGAAGCUGCUGAAAGUGUGGUGCUUGUCAAUGAAGCCUUUGUCCGAGCUCAGCAAGAGGUGGACGAUCUUAAGGGUCAACUGCAUGCCCAAGGCCGAGAGACGGAGAAAUUUCAGCACCUUCUGCGGAUUUUGAAGUAUGAAGAUUUGUGUGUGCAUCCAAACGUUGAGCUUCCGUCAGGGUACAAAAUACCUAAGUUUAACACUUUCAAUGGGAAGGGAGAUCCCGUCGCUCAUUUAAAGGACUAUUGCAGCAGAUUAAUUGGUAUUGGACAUAAUGAAGUCGUACGAAUGAGAUUGUUCAUUCAAAGUUUAUCAGGAUCAGCACUCGCUUGGUACACUAAACAAGAUUUUAGCAAAUGGCUUACGUGGGAAGAUAUGACCCGCGAAUUUGUAAAGCAAUUCGAGUUUAACAAUGGAGGCGAUCCGCACAUAGCCGAUUUGCUCAGAGUAAAGAAAACGCCACAUGAGUCUUUCCAAGAAUAUGCCAUACGAUGGAGGUUAGAAGCUUCAAAAAUACAUCCUCCAUUAUCCGAGAGGGAAUUGAUCUCAACCUUCAUCCAAAUUCAGGAAAACUUAUAUUAUGAUAAGUUGCUCGGAGCUUGUGCACACAACUUCUCUGAUUUGAUUAGGAUUGGUAGAGAACUAGAGAAUGCCAUUCAAGAAGGGAGAAUUACAGAUAGCUCAGCAACACAAGCCGUUCACCAAACCUUCCAAGCGGAGAUACUAGGAAAUCUGCAAAGUCAAAUGAAGGAAAACCAAUUUGCUUCCACGACUAUGCAUCAAGCGCAAUGCCAUAAAAGUCACCAAAUUUUUCAAUCUUAUGCCACUAUGCAAUGUCCUCGUCAACAAAACUCCCAGCAAGGCUACCAACGACGGUUUUACCAAGCACAAUCAAGCUCUCAACAUAAAAAGAAGAGGAAAUCUUUUUGCUUCACUACUCUAAAUGAACCAUUGGCAAAUAUAUUUAAGAGGUUGAGCGCUAAGGGUAUUCUACAACCAAAGGAGGGAUUUAUACCUAAGCAUCCACCUCCAAACUUUGAUUUAUCUAAGAGUUGUGCUUAUCACUCAAACAUUCAAGGACAUGACAUUGAAGAAUGUCCAGCGCUAAGAUUUAAGAUUCAAAGCAUGAUUGAAAGUGGCAAGAUAAAGCUACAACUAGAGCCUUCAACCGGUAAUAUUGCAAACACAAAGACAAUUGUUGUUAAGGGUGAUCCAUCGAAACCAGCACCAAGGCAUUUGAAAAGAAAGCGUGCAACAAGUCAAGCAGACUGA